UGUGGUGUGUAUCUUUUCGCUGCCGCAGUUUAUUGCUCGAUCGCUCCGUUGACUCCGUUCUCGUGCCUGCCGAUGCGACCUUCGUCCCGCGUGCCAGCGAUCGUCGCCGCGAGCGCGUCGUUCGCCAUCGUCGGUGUAACCGCGGCGGUGCAUCCGCACGCUAUCGCGCUUACACGCAUCUCGGUAUUAACGUCGUCGUUGUCCGCAAUCGUUAUCGGCGUGAUCGAUCGUGUGUGAGAUUGUGCGGUGCGGAAUAGUUUCCUCGUCGCUGAUAAGAUAGGACGGAGAAACAUUGGACACGACCUAUGGUGACUUCGAGUGUCGUCGGAUUUAUCUUUCCCUCUUUCUCUCUCUCUUUCCUCUCUCUCUUUCUCUAUCCCUCCCUCUCUCUCCCUCUCUCUUUCCACUUUUCUCAUACGUGUGGUAGCACCUGAACUCGCCUAGCGGAGGGACUACGGGAACGGAUCCGAAGCGGACACCGCAUGAGAGAUCAUCUCUUGGAUGCGUGAAAAGAGCGAUAGAGCGACAAACGCGGAGAAAAUCUUGCUGAUAAGACAAGAGUGAUGUUUGUAAAUAAUUAAUCUUUCGGAAACGUGCAUCUACGUCUUGUGGCGAAAAGAUAAUCGCGGUGUCUACAUUUGCGAGUGUUAAAUAAAAGAAAUCUGGAUGGUGCUCCGCAGUGAAUAUUACAUAUCUCAGUGAAUAUAUACUACUUAGAGUGUGGCAUAUGGCCCUGGACUAUGGUACUACCACAUACAAUAUGCACCACACGAAUCAACUAGAAGACGUGGGCUAUAGAAGCGUUGAAAUUACAUCCGCUUUCACGCAUCUGCCUCAAAAGGAGAUGGCCAGAGAUACGCCGGGCUCUCCGAUGCCGCGACCGCGAGAUUUGGGCGCCGGUGGCGGAGGAAGCGCGGCCACGGCUAUUUUGACUUCCGGCACUUAUCACACUGCAGCUGCCGAUACUACCAACAUGCAUGGCCACGCACUGCAGCAGAAGAUACUCGAGCUACAGCAGCAUCAUCAACUUCAACAGCAGAUUCUCCGGCAACAGUAUCAUGCCCAGGAACGACAAUUGGCUGAACUGCAUGAGCAACAGAUGCAUCAACUAAAGCUCUGGGAACAAAAGAAGCAGGAGGAACAAAGGCGAGAGAAGGAAAGACUCGAAGCUCUCAGGAAGAAAGACAAGCAUGAUCAUAGCGCGAAUGCAUCCACAGAAGUCAAGACACGCCUUCAUGAUUUUCUGAUGAAUAAAAAGCAAAGGGAAGCAGCUGCCGCAGCGAACGGAGCAGUACUGCCGGUACCCGGCACACCCGGAUAUAGAAACUGGUUACAACCGCAGUCAGAAUCAUCGAGCACCACGAAUGCGGCUCAUCGAUAUCAGAUGCCACAGAUGCUGGAGAAGUUUGGCGACGAUUUCCCGCCAAACUGUCUUAGAAAGACAGCUUCGGAGCCGAACUUGAAAAUGCGACUAAAACAACGCGUGGAAAGGAACAUGGCUGCGUCGAAAAACUCACCUCUGAUGAUACGCCGGAAGGACCGCCUGGCGUCGCAUCUCAAGCGGAAAUCAUUAUUAGCAAAUUCUGGCAGCAAUCCUGAGUCUGGGCCUAAUUCUCCUCCGACUGUCAAUAAUUCUCAAGCCAGUCCUACUGCUGAAAGCAAUACAGCGAUACAGGAAGAAGGUGAAAAUUCAGCAUAUGGAGGACGUCUCACUAGCAGCAGUCAACAAGGCAGCUUUUCUGAUCUUUCGCUUUUCAGUUCACCGUCCAUGCCUAACAUCUCGUUAGGUAGACCCCAUGUACCGUCGAGCUCAUCAAGUGGGACGAAAUUAGCACCGGUCUCAGAAGCGGAAGUGCGAGCUGCGUUCACGGCGCGUCUCGGCAUGCCGCUCACCGGUCAGAUGCUGCACGGUACCUUACCAUUCUAUCCGUCCCUGACGGUUAUCGAGGGCGAGCCGGCAUACAUCCACAAACAGAUACAACAGAAUCUACAAGAGCAGGUGGCAUCGCCGUCCGCGACGGUGAGUGGUAACAGGCAGCAUCCAGCAAUGGCAGCAGCAGUGUAUCAUGCACCGAUCACGGAUACACAAGUAGCGCAAGCAAGACUGCAAAAGGCUGGUCAUCACCGGCCUUUAGGUAGUAGAACCCAAUCCGCGCCCUUACCGUUAGGUCAUCCAAUGCUACAGAGCGGCAUAAUAGCACCGCCUACGCAUUACGAGGAAUAUCUCGCAGAGAAACAGUUUCACGAUCAGCAACAAGCGCACAAUUACCUGAAACAACAGAUCCGUCAGACUGUCCUGACGCGAGUGGGUUCGCGCGGUCAAACCAAUCAGCUGGAAGAAGCACCAGAGUCCGAAGAAUCCGAAGUAAUAGAUCUCACGGGUAAGAAAGAUCAUUCGGAGGAGAGCGAGAUUUCGAAGCAGACGAGGGGCCGUCAACAAUUCCUUCAACAACAGAGAGAUCUUAUGAUGAGGCAUACAUUGCAAACGAAUGAAUCGACCAUCUACGCUGGAGGUUUAAGCAGAACUUCUCAAUCAGCUAGACCACUCUCUAGAGCAUUGUCGAGUCCUCUAGUACACCUAGGUCCUCAGAGCAGCGAUAUUUUUGCACGAGGUUCUUCGCAUCGACCCACUACGGGAUUAGCUUAUGACCCAUUGAUGUUGAAACAUGCAUGUGUCUGUGGCGAAACGGUCAGAGGUCAUCCUGAACAUGGUGGCCGAUUGCAGAGCGUAUGGGCUAGAUUAUCGGAAACGGGCUUGUUGCAACGUUGCGAUCGAAUACGCUCGCGCAAGGCCACACUCGAAGAGAUUCAAACAUGUCAUAGCGAAGCUCAUGCACUUUUAUUUGGAACGAAUCCGUUGAAUCGACAGAAACUGGAUAUGUCCAAACUAUCGCAACUGCCUAUCAAAAGUUUCGUCCGACUUCCCUGCGGUGGAGUUGGAGUUGAUUCUGACACAACGUGGAACGAGCUUAAUACUGCACCUGCUGCCCGAAUGGCAGUGGGAUGCGUUGUUGACCUUGCAUUCAAGACAGCAGUGGGUGAUAUUAAGAACGGCUUUGCUGUGGUAAGACCGCCUGGACAUCACGCAGAGACCAAUCAAGCCAUGGGUUUUUGCUUCUUCAACUCGGUGGCAAUUGCAGCGAGGCUACUUCAGCAGAAACUCGACGUUAGAAAAAUUUUAAUCUUAGAUUGGGACGUUCAUCAUGGAAACGGUACUCAACAGAUGUUUUAUGAUGAUCCACGAGUGCUGUACCUGUCGAUACAUAGACACGAUGAUGGUAAUUUCUUCCCUGGAACCGGUGGGCCUACUGAAUGCGGUGCUGGCAAAGGUCUCGGUUACAACGUAAACGUGGCAUGGUCAGGUGGCCUGAAUCCGCCCAUGAGUGACGCGGAGUAUCUCGCGGCAUUUCGUACGAUUGUCAUGCCAAUUGCUAAGGAAUUCGAUCCAGACAUCGUGAUCGUCUCAGCCGGCUUCGAUGCUGCUAUUGGUCAUCCGGCGCCAUUGGGUGGCUACAAAGUCAGCCCGGCAUGCUUCGGCAGAAUGACACAACACUUACUUAAUGUGGCUGAUGGCAAGGUCGUCCUUGCCUUAGAAGGAGGCUAUGAUUUAGCGGCAAUCUGCGAUUCGGCACAAGAGUGCGUUCGAGCGCUGCUUGGUGACGAACUUAGUCCUCUCCGAGACGAAGAACUCACGAGAAUUCCUUGCCAAAACGCCAUUGAUACGCUGCAGAAAACCAUCGCUAUCCAGAUGUCACACUGGCCUUGCGUAAAGCUCGCUGCUCAUACAGUCGCAAUGAGUGCUAUAGAGGCGAGCCAGAAGGAACACGACGAAACAGAAACCGUGUCUGCAAUGGCCUCUCUAUCAAUGCAGCAGCCUACAAACCUCACGACCACACCAGAACAUUCCCGAGAGGUCUCCGAAGAGCCAAUGGAUCAGGAAGAGGCCAAGUGAGAUGCAUGAAGGUCAUUCUGCUAGAUGUAGAAGGCAUUAGUUAAUUGCACGAAAUUGUGUAAAUGCUCUUUCAAAUUUCUAAAAGUGCAUUUCUCAGUGCAGAUUGAGGGAGUCGCCAUCACGCAUGACUGUUGCGACAGACGCACGCUCAGCUGCGAAUGUUCUACUUACGAAAACACGAUCAACACGUGUCAAUUCGUACACAAUCCCAUGUUUAAGAUUUUCAAUAUUUUUUUUUCCAAAUGACAAAUGAUAAAAUAAACGACGGCCAAGUAAUAAGGAAGAAAUGAUCUGUAAUAUUUCAUAGAUGGUUGAUGAUAGUUUGCUAUGAUAUGUCAUGAGCUAUGAUAUAUCAUCAACCUUUUUUUUUUUGUGCUGAAUG